GGGCGGGGCCGGGACGGGAAGGGGCGUGGCCUCCCAGGCGGGCCUCGCGCAGUCCAGAGGAGAGUUUGCAGCCCUAGAGGCGAGCUUGCAGCUUAGGCGCGCGUGCGGGGAGGGGAGAGCGCGCGCAGUGCUCCCCCAGGUGAGGCGCCGCUGGUGAAGUCCUCUAGCACUCCGGCUGCUGCUGCUGCUCCUCCCCGGCCCGGGCUGUGCGAGGCGUGAGAGAUGGCUCCUCGCAAGAAUGCCAAAGGCGGCCCCGGCCACAACAGCAGCAGCGGCUCCAGCAGCAGCCAGGGCUCGGGCAAUAGCAGCGGCGGCGGCAGCAGCAACAGCAGCAGCAGCAGCAGCAGGUCCGGGAGCCGGAGAGAGACAAAGCACGGAGGACACAAGAAUGGGAGAAAAGGAGGCAUUUCUGGAAGCUCAUUUUUCACUUGGUUUAUGGUCAUUGCAUUACUUGGAGUCUGGACUUCAGUAGCUGUUGUUUGGUUUGAGCUGGUUGAUUAUGAGGAGGUUUUAGCCAAAGCAAAGGACUUCCGUUAUAACUUAUCAGAGGUACUUCAAGGAAAGUUAGGAGUUUAUGAUGCUGAUGGUGAUGGAGAUUUUGAUGUGGAAGAUGCCAAGGUUUUAUUAGGCCUUAAAGAAAGACUUGCUUCAGAGCCAACUGACCCACCAGAAGAGGCUGAACUCUACCCUUGGCUGGAUGAGCCUAUUCCUGAGAGCAAAGAACCGCAGAAUAUUGAAGUACAUGAUAAAGAAGAUGAAGUCCAAGAAUCUAUUCAAUCUCACCUCCAUGAAACAGCACCCACAGAACAUGGAGAAGACCUGUUACAAGAAGAGGAUGAGCUAACAAGAGAAAUGGAACCAGAAGAUAAUUUCAUCAGAGAGAGUAUUCCAGAUGACACCUUUGAGAUCCCAGAAAGUGAACCCUUUUAUGAAGCUGAAAUUAGUUACCAUGUAGACGAUGACACAGCUACACUAGACUAUAAUCAGGAUAUGGACGAAGUGAUAUAUGAACAGGAAAAUCCAGAUGUUGGUGAACCAUUAGGCACGUAUGAUGAAAGAAAAUACCGCAGUGAAGAUACUGUAAUAUACCAAGACUAUGAUGAUCAAGCUAUGCCUCUGCCUCCUGAAGAAGAAAAGGAAGUACCACCAGAUACUUAAAGCUUCAGAAAGACUGCCCCCACUACCACAGGAGGACCACCCUAACCAUACGCUCCAAAAGAUGGCUGUGAUAGAUCUUGUGAAGUAAUUAUUGAGCAGACCAAGAUCUUGGGAAUGAACACUAAAGAUGUUUUGAAUGGAUCAUAGUCUACUGGCAUUUUAGUAUUUUUUUUGGAACCUAGAAUUACAUGUACUGUUGCAUUCUUGCAUGCCU